AUGGCGCCCACUCUCAACCCUUCUACAGCGACAUCGCUGCACGGGUACAUCGACGCCGCAAUCACAGACUCAAACCCCGUUCUGCCAGGAGCCAUCGUCCAAAUCCUCGACGCCCAGGGAACCUCUCUCUUCGAACACACCUCCCACUCCCACACCCUCAAAACCCUCUUCUCAAUCCACUCCUGCAGCAAGCUCAUCGGCGCAAUCGCCUUCAUGCAGCUCGUAGACCGCGGCCUCACUACUCUAGAUGACGCGAAAGUUAUCGAAAAAUGGCUCCCUGAACUCGCCUCCAAGAAAGUUCUCGUCGGCUCGAAAGACACAAAAGACGGAAAGCAAGAGUAUAUCUUCGAAGACCGCAAACACGACAUUACACCGCGGAUGCUACUCAACCACACCAACGGCACAGGAAACACCUUCUUCAACACCGAGCUCAAAGACUUCCUAGGCGAAGGCGUGGCAGUCGAGCACGAGGGAAGCGAGUACUGGGCUACCCUUCUGAAGAGCCCGCUCCUCUGGCAGCCCGGCACGAAGACGAAUUACGGACAGGGCUUCGAUUGGCUUUCUGUCCUUAUUGAACGGCUGACGCACAAGUCUUUGGAAGACGUGCUGCGCGAGAACAUUUUCAACACGCUGGGCAUCGGGCACUCGGGGUUCAGGGGAGAAUGGGGCGGCAGCGUGGUGGCCAGCGACCCGGGCGUGGAUUUCUGGCCUGCGAGUCUGAGGUUGGAAACGGGGGACUUUAUGAGUAUACCGGGGUUCGCGGAGAAGAAGGUAGAGAGGGAAGAUGCGUGGCCUGAGGGGAAGAGGCAUGUGCAGAGUGUGGGGACGGGGUUAGUGAGCAGCGUGGCGGAUCUGACGAGGAUUUAUAGUGUUUUGCUGCCGCAGAAUGAAGGGGUGGAGCCUGUAACCGGUACGCGACUCCUGUCUGCCGCAAGUGCGGCAGAGUUCGCGAAGGUGUUACAUCCUGAGGAGAUCCGGAAUGAUUCCCGCAAUCUCUUAACCGCCAACCAGUUCUUCCUUCCUUACGAGAAUCAGGCCAAGCACGUAGAUCCGGUGGGGUGUUUUGGCCUGGGAAGUGCGAUACAAGGAGAGGAUAGAGUACUGCAAGACGGAAGAAAAGGAAGAAGUAAGGGAACGGUGUAUUGGUAUGGAGCAGCCAAUAUUGUUCACUGGAUUGACGGUGAGAAGGGUAUUGUUGUGGUUGCGGCAGGUAACUUCUUCCCAUUUAUGGAUGGAAAGUGGGUCGAAUUUGUUGCGGGACUAGAAGGCUUGAUAUAUGAGGGCCUGAAGGGAUGA